AUGAAGUGGUUGAUAAGUGAUUUAAAAUCGUCGCUUAACCAUGGAGAUAUAGCAAGACCCCAACAAGGGGCUCAAGGCAGGAUAAGGGCAGACCAUCUAUGGCAGGAGUUGAGAGAGUUACUUAACUCCAUUGGUGGAGGAGUCAAUAGAUCAAUGGAAAAAUGGAAAAAAGUGUGGGCGGAUUGGAAAGCCAAAACAAAAAAAAAGGCCUUGGCAAUGCGUCGCGAGGCUAGUGGUACUGGUGGUGGUCCAAGCAGCAGACAAACUCUCACAGCUUCGGAACAAAGGGUGUUGGGCAUAAUGGGUUUGUCUGCUGUUUUUGGUCUAGUUGGAAUUGAGGAGAGAGGAUUUGAUGAACCACCACUUCAAGGAAGCCCUCUACCAUCACCAUCCAGAGAUACCGUCCACACUGAAUUUCCCUCCCAAACUGCCGCAGACGAGAUUAUGUUGUAUUCCAUAGAAGCGUCUCCUGCCCCAUCAGCUCAACUGCCAUCUCCCUCUAUACUUUCACGUCUUCCUCCAACCCGAGUGUCAACACCACCGCUCGCCUCUGUGACCACGCCGAUGCCU